UUUUCAUAGUAACAGAAUUACCCACUAGGACAGUUAAUACCAAUAUAUGUAGCGUUAUUUGACAUGGAUCAUAGAUAAAUUUACGCGCGAAUAGGAAGUGAACAUGUGAAGUGAUCCCUUUAUGAAUAUUGUAAUUUAUUUUCCGAUACAUACUCGUCGACUAUCAGCAUAUUGAAUACUCAUAAUGAAGUGCACAAUUCCAGAAAUAUCAUGGCAUAAUCGAGAUCCUGUCCUUAGUGUGGAUGUCCAACGUGCCUGUAAGAGUGAAAAUUUUGAGAGGUUGGCUACUGGUGGAACAGAUUCUCACGUUGUUAUUUGGCAUGUUGAAAUACAAGUGACAGGGGUAGUGAAAGUUGAGUUUGCAGCAGACCUGCAGAGACACCAGAAAGCUGUCAAUGUUGUUAGGUUUUCUCCAUCAGGUGAAUUUCUUGCAUCUGCAGAUGAUGAGUCCGCCAUUAUCAUUUGGAAGCAGAAGACUGAUCAGGAUGCACCAGACCUUCCACUUUGGGACAGUGACAUCACGACAAAGGAGCAGUGGCUGGGCAUUAGAGUUCUCCGGGGACACGUGGAAGAUGUCUAUGAUUUGUCCUGGUCACCAGAUUCCUUAAACCUCAUUUCAGGAUCUGUUGAUAAUUCUGCCAUUUUAUGGGAUGUUCAUAAAGGGCGUAAUGUUGGAUUGCUGAAGGAGCACAAGGGUUUCGUGCAGGGUGUAGCGUGGGAUCCUCGGAAUCAGUAUGUGGCCACUCUAAGCGGUGACAGGAUGUGUCGAGUGUACAGUGUCAGCAGUAAGAAAUUGGUGAGUCGUGUUAGCAAAGCCCAGUUGCCUGUUCCUGAUAAUUCUGACCUACAUGGCAAGGUGGUGCGCCUCUUCCAUGAUGACACGCUUAAAUCCUUCUUCAGGCGACUCUGCUUCUCGCCAGACGGACAGCUUCUAAUAGUGCCUUCCGGUAUUAUUGAAAAUCCUAACAGUGAUAAGAACAGCAAUGCUGCUUUUAUUUUCACACGGCGCAUGUUUAACAGGCCUGCUGUUUACCUCCCUUCAAAUAACCAACACACAGUUGCAGUGCGAUGUUGCCCCCUACUUUUUGAGUUGCGGGACAGGGAGUCUAUGUUCGCACUUCCAUACAGGAUGGUACUUGCAGUGGCGACUCAGAAUUCUGUGCUGCUUUAUGACACACAACAACCCGAGCCAUUUGGCAUCGUCUCCAACAUCCAUUACACUCGUCUCACAGAUCUCACUUGGUCAGGCAGUGGAAGAAUGUUGGUCGUCUCAUCUACAGAUGGUUACUGUUCGAUUGUUACUUUUGCUGUUGGGGAGUUGGGUGUUGUGUAUGAACCCAAGAAAGAUACACCAAAUAAGGAAAGAGCCAAUGAAGAAGCUGUUGGAAUUGGGCCAAUGGAAGGAAAUGAUAACAGCAGUGAAAAGGAGGUAGUCUGCAAAGAUACAGCAAGAGUAAAGUUAUCUGAGGGAACAGACAAAUCUGAGGAUUACUUGAACUCACAAGAAAUUCACGGCAGUACUAUACCAGAGGAUUCUUGUGCCUCUGACACAAUACUGAAUAAUCACAAAUGUGAUAAAGUAACAGGAAAAUUUGUCAAGUCUCCUACCUUCAAAGAAACAGUCAUUAGUUCCAGUCUUUCUGAAAAGACAUCUGAGAACACAAUGCUUCCAGAUUUACAAAAGACUCCUGAAAGUUUUAGAAGUACUUUUUGUGGAAAAACUAAAAGUGUUUCUAAACAAGAGAAGACUCCUAGAAGAAUAAAACCAGUCCUGUUAUCAAGCCCCCGAAAAGUGUUUGCCAAACCCUUUCAUUCUAAUGAUGUGUCUGAAAGGAAGCAAGAAUCAUCAUCAGUAAAGACAUCUAAAAGAAUAUGUCCAGUCAUACCCAUACCCAACAAUUCACAUCGCUGUUCUAAAGAUAAAGAAACAUCUGGAGGCUAUAAGAGUCCUUUGUUAGCACCAGAAGAAACUUUAACUAAUGAAAUAUCUUCUGAUAACCUGCCAAUGGAAGAUUCAGAGGAAACUACUAAAAUGGAUGUCAGUGUGGAAACAAUGGUAAGUUCUGAUACAGAAAAGAAGGUAGCGUCAUCAAAUGAACCUGUAAAAAUAGAAACUGAUCCUGUGUUUCCUGAAGAUGAAGGUGGUACUGCCUUGAUAUGUACCAAGCCUGUAGAUGCUGCUGCUGCUGUUCCAUCAAAUUAUCCAGAGUGCAUGGAAAUUGAAAGCAAUGGUAGUUUGUUAACAAAAAUUGGACACACAACAAAAUUUGAACCGAUGGAAACAAGUAUGAGUGCUGUGUCCCCUGCUUCACCACUGGUAUCUAGCGUCGUGCCCGUGCAGGAUAAGAGAACCCCCAGAAGAGUACAACUCAUCACUCUAUCCAGUCCCAAAAGCAAGAAGAAGUUACUGUAAAUAAUGGACUAAUGUUUAACCUUUAACCAGUGACAUGGGUAAACUUGGUUUUGUCACUGUCUCAUAGAUCACAUAUCACCAGUUAAGGGUUAAAUUUAACUGGUUGAGCUAUACUGGUUAUCAUAAAAGAAAUCAGGAUUCACAUAAUUAUAUUUUUAUUAAUAAAAUAUAACAAAUAUAUAUAAAGUAAGAGGUGCUCUCCCCCCCUUUUUUGAUAGCAAGUUCCAUGCAUUUGGAGCCAUUUGAAGCUAUCUUAAAAUUACUCCACACAUCGUAGGGGAGGGCACAUUUUGUAAACCACUGUGGCUUUUUGAACUUGGCUUUUUUAUGAUUUAAUUGAACAAGGAUGUGUUCGUGAUAUCCAGA